CGUAAGUGCCGCGGCCGCUCGGAGAGCCCCGGGCUGCGUGGGGCGGAGGCCCGCACCCAGGCGGACCGGUUUCAUUCCCUGGAACUUUGUUUGGAAGCCGGGGCUGACGCUGCCUGUUUCUCCGUGCCCGCCCCGCCCGAGCGCAUCCCCGCUCAGCGCCCCCACGCCCUGGCCACCUGCCCCGCAAGAUGUGAGCGCGGGGACAGCUCCCUGGGGACCCGGCUCGCCCCGCCGCUGCCUGCCGCAGGGACACCGUGACUUGGGUGCUCCCGCUCGCUGCGGUUCCGAGCGCGCUCCUGGGGGAGCCGGUCCGAGUCGCGCACCGGGGUGCCAUGCCCAACUGAUCCCCAGAAGUAUGUUUGGGCUGGAGCAGUUUGAGCCGCAGAUGAGCAGCAGAAACGCCGGACAAGGAGAAAGAAACUUUACCCAGGCCGGACUGACCAUGAACUCCCACUUCAAAUCGGCAACUUUCCACUCUGGGGGCCCCGCGGACCCGGCCAUCAGCGCCCUGGCCGAGCCUCCCAUCCUGGGCAUGAACAUGACUGGGGAAGCGUACGGCUUCCAUGCCCGGGGCCACUCGGAGCUGCAUGCAGGGGGGAUGCAGGCUCAGCCGCUUCAUGGCUUUUUCGGCAACCAGCAGCCUCACCACGGUCAUCCCACCACCCACCACCCGCACCAGCAUCACCCGCACUUCAGCGGCAACUUUGGGUCCGAGCCCAGCGCCUCCUGCUUGCAUGGAGGGCGGCUGAUGAGCUACAACAGCAUGGGCAGCCAGCAAGCGUUUGCGGAGGGAUAUGAACAUAUGGCCGAGAACCAAGGAGGCGAAGGCUUUGGACAGCAAAGGUCAGGUAACAUGCCUGAUUUCCAGCACAACUCCAGCGCCUCUAACCACGCCGUGCCAGCACCCUGCCUGCCACUGGAUCAGUCCCCCAACCGGGCUGCCUCCUUCCAUGCGCUUCCAGCCUCCAGCUCCUCGGAUUCCCACAGCCUGGAGCAGAGGCGGCUUCCCAACCAGGGAGGCGUCGAUUCUUUGGAAUACAAUUACCCUAGCGAUGGCCCUUCAGGACACUUUGAUCUCCCAGUGUUUUCUCCUUCCGAGUCAGACGGGCAGCUUCCUCACUAUGGUGCUGGCAGACAAGUUCCUGGGGGCGGCAGCUUCCCUGGCACGUCUGUUUUGCCCAGAGCACCAGGCAUGGCGGGGAUGUCCAAAGUUCACCCGCAGCAGCAACAUGGUGUGUUCUUUGAAAGGUUUGGAGGUGCUCGUAAGAUGUCUGUGGGCAUGGAGCCUGGCCUUAAUGCCAGACAUCCUUUAAUGCAACAGCAGCAACAGACAGGUUUACUGGCCAGACAAAACUCCUGUCCGCCAACAAUUCCUAGGCAACAGCAAACAGAAGCCAAUACUCCCAACCCCAACUUGCAGGACAAUGGGCCAAUAAUGCAGAACCAGCAUGCACAGUUUGAAUACCCUAUUCAUAGACUGGAGAAUAGGAAUAUGCAUCCAUAUACUGAUCCCGUGUUUAAUAUGCAGCACCCUCCUCCGCAGCAGCAACCAAAUCAAAGACUGCAACAUUUCGAUGCCCCCUACAUGAACGUGGCCAAGAGGCCUAGGUUUGACUUCCCCGGUAACCCCGCUGUCGAUAGGUGCGCGUCCUGGAAUAACAGUCUGCACAGCGCGGGCCUGGAAAACCAUCUAUCGCCUUCCGCCUACCCCGGCCUUCCGGGCGAGUUCACGCCCCCGGUGCCGGAGAGCUUUGCGCCGGGGCCGCCGCUCCAGCACGCAGGCCCCGACCCCCAGGCCCUGCAGCAGCGCCAGAACGCCGCCCUGAUGAUCAAGCAAAUGGCGUCCAGGAACCAGCAGCAGAGACUCCGGCAGCCCAGCCUGCAGCAGCUGGGGCACCACGCGGACGUCGGCCCGAGCAGCCUGGUGCACGCGGGCCCCGUCGGCAACAUGCCGCAGCCCGGCUUCGAGCGCGAGAGCGGCGGCCGGGGGCCCAACUUCGAGCCGCAGGCCCCGCACCUGGCCCCGGACAGCGGCUGGUUCCCCGGCCCGCCCCCGCCGGGGGAGCUGCUGCCGCGGCGCAUGGGCGGCCCCGCCGAGCCCGGCCUGCCGCAGAACGGCUCCGGCCUGCUCUUCCGGCCGGCCGUGGAAGGACACGUGCCGGCCCUGCACUCCCCGGGCGUGCACGCCCCGUUCGGCGCCGGCCUGGCCCCGCUGCAGUCCCCGGGCGCCGGCGUGGGGCUGCCCAGCGCGCCCGCCGAGCGCCGGCCGCAGCCCGACUUCGCCGCGCCCCCGCUGGGCGGGCCGGCGGGCUUCGCCUUCGGCGCCUCGGGCCGGGCGGCCCCGCCGCACAGCGCCAGCGCCUCGCCCGGCGCCUUCCCGGCCGCGCCGCCCGAGUUCCCGGCCAGCAAGCUGGGCGCGCUGUCGCUGGGCUCCUUCGCCAAGCCGGCCAAGGAGAACGUGUUCGGGCAGAGCUGCCUGGCCGCGCUCUCCACCGCCUGCCAGAACAUGAUCGCCAGCCUGGGCGCGCCCAACCUGCACGUCACCUUCGCCAAGAAGAGCCCGCCCGAGGGCAAGCGCAAGCUGGGCCCGCCCGAGCCCGACGGCGGCCCGGCCCCCGGCCCGGACUUCUUCCCCGGCCCGGCGGCCAAGGCCCCGCCCGAGAGCAGCCUGUCGCCGGGCUACGCGCCCGAGGCCCCGGCCGGCGAGGGCAAGGCGGCGGCGGCGGCGGCGGCGGCCGGCGGGCGAGGCCGGGGCCGGCGGAAGCGGGACAGCGGCCACGUCAGCCCGGGCGGCUUCUUCGACAAGUUCCCGCCGGCCGAGGGCGGCGGCGCGGGCAGCCCGGGCCCGCCCGACAAGCCGCUGGCCUCGCCCUCCUGGGCCAAGGGCGGCGAGCUGCUGCUGGCCGAGCAGCCCGACCUCCUGGCCUCGCUGGACAGCGGCAUCCAGAGCGCCAGCAAGUCGGACGGCGGCUCCCCGCGCGGGGACUUCCCCGACGAGCCCAGCCCCGCCUACGGCCACGAGGACGAGGUGUCCUCCAGCUCCGACAGCGCCCUGGCCAAGCCCACGCGCAGCCCGCUGCUGGGCGGCUCCCCCAAGCUGCCGCGGGCGGAGCACGCGCUGCUCGGCGCCCAGAAGCCGCUGGCCCUGGGCCUGCUGGGCGCCGCGGCCGCGGCCCCGGACGGCUACGGGCUGGGCGGCGCGGGCGCCCACCCGGCCACCCCGGGCCUGGAGCAGGUGCGCACCCCCACCAGCACGUCGGCCCAGGACGAGAUCCACCCGCUGGAGAUCCUGCAAGCGCAGAUCCAGCUCCAGCGGCAGCAGUUCAGCAUCUCCGAAGAUCAGCCGCUGGGCAUGAAGAGCAAAAAGGCCGAGUGCCCCGGCCAGAACGGGGAGGGCGAGUUGAACAGUUGUUGCUCGGAUAACGUCAAAGGUGCCAUGAGCACGAUAGACCUGGACUCUCUGAUGGCAGAGCAUAACUCCACCUGGUACAUGCCUAGCGAGAAGUCCUUGAUGGAGGGACAAGAGGAGGACAAACCUUUGGCACCGUGGGAGAAGUCAAAGCCUCAGAAUCCCAGCAAAGAAGCCCACGACCUUCCCCAGAACAAGACCUCAGCUGCGGCGCAGACUGGCAGCCAUUUGCAAUGCCUCUCGGUCCACUGCACGGAUGACAUGGGCGAGUCGAAGGGCCGGACUGCGGUGCCGACAUGGAGAUCCCUGCACUCAGACAUCUCCAACAGAUUUGGGACUUUUGUGGCUGCCCUGACUUGAACAAAAGGAAAUUAUUUUUUUCUCUCAAUUUUAAAGGGCCGCUACUUCUACGUGGACUAUUUUUCUAGGUUGGUACCUGCUUAGUGGCAUAUGGACUGGAAAGGGUUAAUUUAAAGUAAACCUCAAUUUUUUUAAUCUUCUGCCACAGUAUGUUACCAGUGUUAACCCUUCUGCAGUUAGCACACUUUUGUUUAAGAUUUUCCUGUUAGAUCAUUUCCCCCAUUAUUCCGUGAUCUUGGCAUACGUUUAUAGAUGAGGCCUUUUCCUUUCAUCUCAACGUAUGUCCAAGUAGUGUGUCAUAAUAAGACAGACACUUCUCCUUCUUUUUGUUUUUUCUUCUUUUUUUUUUUUGCCCCACCCCCUCCUCCGCUUUGUUCAGUGCUUAUUAAAAUGGAAAUCCUGAAGAAUGGCAGUUCAGGAAUAAAUGCCGGUUGAAGUGAAAUUGUCAUCAUAUUAUAUAUUGACACCAAGCUUUCGUCAGUCACAACCAAACCAAACCAAACAAUUAAUGCUCUAUUAAGUAUUCAGUCUGUGAUUUUUGUCUCUCCUGAGAUAAUUUAUUUUUUAUUAUCAAGAAUACAUUCAGCCUUCAUAUCUGCUGUUAAGUGGAAACAACUAUUCAGUUUAUUUGCUGACUUGAAGCCCACAUAUAGAGUGUUAUUCUGAACAAUAGGGCCUGGAGCAGUGAAGCCUGGUUGACCAAACGUGUUUUAAAAAAAAUUGAAACUGCUAGUUAAAGCAUUUUAAUCCCUUCUCCACCAAGGGCCAAGGUUUGAGUGGGAUUCCUUACACCCUUCUUUCUCUUACUAGGGAGGCUUGGGGAGUGCAGAUCACCUCCAGGACACAGUGUGUAUCUAAAGUCCCCACAUCUUUAAUUUUGCUCCCAGAAGAAGGGAAGUUUAAAUACCACAUUAUCUCUAUAACGGUUGAAGCAGGGGCUCCUUUUAAGGAAAAUCACAUACCAAACACCGUUUGUACUGUACUCUUCCUGUGAAACAACUUCCUGGUUACGUGAAUGUAAAAAAGCUCUGAUUCCUUGACAUGAGGAACUCCCCUGUGCUAGGCUAAAUUUAAAUCCGCCAUCCAGCCGUUACUUAGGCCUUGUCAACACUACCACUUAUGUUAGCAAAACUUACGUCGCUCAGAGGUGUGAAAAAAACACCCCCUGGACGACAUAAGUUUCGCCAGCAUAAGUGACAGUGUGCACAGUGCAAUGUCAGUGGGAGAGCUUCCCCUGCGGACACAGUUACUGCUGCUUGUUGGGGGUGGUUUAGUUAUGUUGACGGGAGAACUCUCUACCAUCGGCACAGAGUAGCUAUGUGGGAGAUCUUACAGUGGCACAGAUAAUGGUUGCCACACUUCUUAUUUCCCUCGAGGCCCAGCCCCCUUCUUUGCCUCUUCUCCCCCCUUCCCCCCCUCCAAGAUACCUCCCCCUGUUGCUCACUGGAUCAUCUCCACCUCUCACCGCACCCCACCCCACCCACCAGCUAGGCUCCCUCUGCUCCCGGGCUGGGACAGGAGCUGCUGCAGCCUGACAAGGAGCUUGUCUGCAGGUAGGAACGGCCUCAGCUGAGCGGGGGCUGGCAGGAGUUAAUGACUCGGCACCUCCCCUUGCCCUGCGGUAACUGGAUUGUUGGUGUCUGGUCAGUACAUCUGACCAGACGCUGCCAGGUCCCUUUUUCAACCAGACUUUCCGGUUGAAAACCAGGCACCUAGCAACCGGACACAGAAGCCAAAAGCCGCACUGCGUGGGUAAAACCUGGGUGGGUGGCAACCCCAGUGCAGCUGCAUCGAUACAGCUGUGCCACUGUAAGCUCUCUAGUGUAGAUGUAGCCUUAAAUGACCAAAGUUAGUCACAAGUCAGCACUGAAGCAAAGGCGUCAUUUUUUGGCUAAAGAAGAAGGUGCCUCAGAUUGCUGGUAAAGUUUUUAGUGUAGCUGCUUGUCCCCUUUUUCCACAGCAGGGCUUUGGUGCCAUUACUCCAAGUGCUACCCUUUAAUGUAUGUCACUGCGAAUGUUGAAUAUGUGAGAUAAGGCAUUUUCAGGAGUGGAACCAAGCAUGAAGCUGGGAAAUUUGGUACAUAUCAGUACGUACUGGUGGGUAUCCUUUUCAUUCUAGCCAGUCCUCACAUUUGUGCACCUGUAUGUCAGAGAUUAGCAUUCUCUAAACUGCCCAGGGUGCUGGUGGAGCCUAAAGUAGAUCCCAUAAUUCCUGCUGGUAAAGACAGUUUCUUUUUGACGUUUGUCGUGUUUUAAGGACAGUAUUAUUAGAUACAUACAAUAAAAGGAAACCAUUCUUUCCUGCCCUUCACAGAUAAUACUCAUCAGGACAGAAAGCUGGAAACAAAUGAGCUAAAAACAAAAAUUAAAAGAUGAUCGGACACUGGUGUGGUUUUACGUAACGUUAUCUAUAAUCUGCGUAGCCUCUGCUUACAGUAGGACUAAACGCUCCCACCGUUCUUCAGAUGUGUUCAGUCCAGUGAUGCUGGAACAGUUUUUAUAGUGGGGGUGCUGAAGGUGGAAACCAUGUAUUUGGGUGGUUGUUACUAUUUCAAGCCAGUGGGUGUGGCAGCACCCCUGUUUCCAGCACUCAGUCUCCUCCACUCCUUUGUGGUUACUAAGACCGCUGGAGGAUUAGAUCAUAGCUGUGAAAUAAAGGACUGAAACACCAUGGUUAUUUAUCACUUGCUUCAUGGAUUCACAGUGUGCCCCUUUUUGAGAGUUGGUGUUCAGAGGUCUGUCUUGAAUUUAUCUUGGAUGGUCGCAUUGGGCCAUUGGUUUUUAAGCAGAGUUCUGUAUUGAUACCACUGGGGAGGGAAUUGUGCUUAAAAACUCAUGCUAUAUUGUGGUACUGAAAUCUUUCAAUCAUGCUGUUUCAAAACUCUCAACAUAUUAAAUGAUGUUACAGAUGGUAUUUAACUUGUCACGUUCUCCUAGCUCUCUUAUUUGGAACAAGCUCUCAUUGGCCUUACGUGGAUUUAUUUUCCAGUUGUGUAACUGCUUACUGAGUUGACUUGGGUGAAUUUUUUUUUAAACUAGGAAAUUAUAAUAAGGGUCCUUGAGUUUUAGUUGUUCUUUGUUUCAGAAUUUAGAAAACAUCCCUGAUUUUGAGAAACUUUUAAUCUUUUUUUAGAAAGAUUUUAUUGACGCUGGAACGGUUACUGGAAAUACGGCGUUUGCCCCUGCUAUAAUUUGGUGAAUAUGGAGUUAGCUUGUAUUCACGACACUUGGCUGGAUCCAGAUGAAAGGCUCAAAUCUUCUACCCUUCACCUACUCUAAAUAACAUUGUAUGAGGUAAUAUAUAUCCCGAUGUAACAAUUGUUACCCAGCUUCACUUUGGAGAACACGCCCCAACCCAAGAAAGCACAGUUUAAGUCCCAGUUCCACAGAGUACUUAAUUUUAAAUAUAAGUAAUUCCAUCUCUAGUCAUCAAAGCACUUAUGCAUGUGCUUUCCUUGAGGCACGUGUUUCUCUCAUUAGCUUUAAUGGAAUUUAAGCCAAGUUUUAAAAAAAAGUAGGAGGGGGAGGAAAUUUGGUUCGGUCUGCGGAACUGCCUGUUUAUUUAUCACAACUGUUUGGACAAUACUACAGAUCUGCUUAACCUUUUUGGUAGCUUUGUUCCAUCCACCAUGUCUCCCUGGCUUGUAAAUGGCUUAUUCUCACCUUAACUGAGGGACAGAAUGCCAGCUGCCUAAUAGUAAUUAUUGAGGUGAUACCAGCACAUUGCAGUGGGAUUUCAGGGUGCCUAUUUGCAAAAUUCUGGUGGAAUAAGGUGUAUGCAUUUAUUGACCAGGUCAGUGUUUGUUACUAAGUUUUUGUCACCUGUAAUAAGUUUCCUGUCCAGCUUCUCCAUUGAUUUGAUGACAAGUGCGCUGAUUUUUUUAAACAUAUACGAAAUAUCAGCAAAGCAGUAGAUUAUAAAAAAAAAUAGUUUCUGGAAUAAUACUUGUCUUCAUUUUUAAAAUGCUUUGAGAGCUAAAGAUGAAAAAUGCUGUGUGAGAGCUAGGUAUCACUAGAUCUCUAUUUUAUAGGGCAGGAAAGCUACAGGGUGGAGAGUGACUUGAGAUGAGUCCCAGAGCUGGGACUGUAACACUGUUCUCCUAACUCCUAGUCCAGUGUAGUACCCAUUGGCCUAUCUGCUUCUUCAGUAUAAUUUUAAAAUUCCUGCCUUUGAGGACAAUCUAAUCCAAUAAGUAAUGAAAUUCAGUGAAUUGCAAAUGCUGCAAAAGUGGCUGCAUAAAGACAAAAAAAAAGUUUAAAGUGCAUCUGCAUAUUUUGAAAGACUUCAUGGGGGUAAAAACAGUAGUUUUAUGGUAAAUAUGCAUUUAUCAUGUGUACAAGUUUCAUUUCGUGUUGCAAACAGCUGCCUGAAAUAAUAUGGCUUCAUACUGCAGUGUCCACUUUGGUCUGCCUGGCAUUUUCAGUUGCUGUACACAGGCACGUAGUCUAGGCAGUAGUCUAAGCAGCAUUUUAGAAAUUAAAUCUUUUAGUUCCGACCCCUUGAAGGUAAAUUUCUCCCUGCACAGUGUUUGCUGACUUUUUUGAUAUGUUAAAAGAAAUCUCAUACUUACACUUCGAGUUUAAGUAUAGUAGCAUAUUGAGCAAAAUAUCUUUUUUUUUGUUUGUUUUAAGUUAUGGGGAGUAAUGAAUCAUCUUUGUCAAAAAA